AUGAAAAUGGCGGAGCAAAAAAGACGAAACGGCCUACUUUCUAAGGGCAUGAAAUUGCCUGUAACGAUAGAGGAAGCUCUAAAUGAUGUGCUCGUCGUAUCCCUAGAAACCGGAAGCAAAGUUUUCCGUGGCAUUUUGUUAGAUAUGAAGAAGAGAAAUCUACCACAUGGAGUCCCAUGGCAAUUUGACCAGAGUGGAUCAAACAAUGGUAAAGAUGUCCAACCUGUUACUGAAGGUGAUACCAGCUCACAGCCGGAGGUAGCUGCCACAUCAAAUAGACACACAUACCAACAAGACUGUAGUCAAUAUAACAGCCAGGCACCUCCACAUCCAGUGGCCCUCACACGUGCACUUUACAAAGACAAAAAUGUUCGGCGAAUUCGAUUACGCCCAAGGCAAACCUUGUGUAACAAAUGUAAAGCUGUCUGUACUGAAACAGACAAAGGUAUUGUGCCAGUCACAGCUGUAACAAAACAACAAAAACCCACACCAGUACACCAGCCAUCUCCUGCACCGAUAUCGCGUAGGCCUCUCAAGGAAGGGUUGAGGAAACGACCAGCACCACAACCUAGUUCACAACCUCAGACUUAUUCAUCACGAAGGAAGUCACUUAUUCAGAGCAAACCAGUCUCAUCCAGGAUUCCAUCAAGAACUAUGUUAACUCGUAGUGAUUCUCUCCCGGAAAGUAGGGUUGUGUUAUCGCGAAGAGUUUCUCUGACUGAAUCUAAGACUGUGUCAAGUCGGAGGGAAUCUUCUUCUGAACUUAGAAAUGUGUUAUCACGUAGAGAGUCUCUACCAGAGAGCAGAAUAGUGUUAACUCGUAGGGAAUCCCUUACAGAUAAAAUAGUGUCAAAUCGUAAAGACUAUAACUCAGAAAGUAAACCUGUGACAUCUAGAAGGGAUUCUAAUCCCGAGACUAAACCAUUACCAUUGCGGAAAGAUUCGAAUGGUGAAGCAAAGUUAUUGACUGCAGUUGUAAAUGAGAAUAAAAUACAGAAAUUAGAUAAAUCAUCAGCAGCUAAUACUAAGGCAAGUCCAUUGAUAAAGAUAACAAUUGGGGAAGGGACAGUUAUCAAGAUCCCUCCCCGUAUCCAUGGUGAUGAGGUAGAUGGAGAGGGACAGAGUCCAGUGAAGACACAAGAGACAGAUUCUAAUGAUCAAACAAGUAGUUCAGAAGAAAUGUCACCAUACAAAAAGCUUAAAAGGGCAUUUAAAAAACCAAAAGAUAAGAAAGAUUCAGAAAAUAAUUCUUCUGGAAUUCAAAUGUCUUAUCUUGUAUCUAGUCACCAUAAAAAACACAAGCGGAAACAUCGCCAUCGUCAUGGAAGUCAUAGCAAUGAUAGUGAUGUGUUUCAGCCAGAAGGUGAUAUGUUAGACAUGUUUGAUGAAAAUGGUGAAACUCAUUCAGAAACUACACAAACAGAGGUUAUUUCUCAGCGUCCUCGACUCCUUUACACAUGGCGACAAAACAAAGGACUUUCACCUAGGCGAGAUAUCAACAAAGGGCUUUCACCUCGGCGAGAUGUCAACAAAGGGCUUUCACCAAGACAGGAAAACACAUCAUUCAGUAAGAUUGACAUAUCUAUGUCUCCAAAAAUAGCACCAAACAUAGAAAACACUUCAUUUGGUAACCUGGACAAGGCUUUGUCUCCUAAAAUUAAAUCCAAUGAAAAUGUUGAGGUUCAGAAGAAAGAAUAUCGACUGAGAAGUCGAGAAAGGAAUAGUACUGAAUCUGAAUCUGUGGACUCUGUUAUAACAGAUGAUUCAGAAGAGUCAUGUGAGGAUGCCGAUAUGUUAGGUGAUAGCUUUACAGUAAAGACUGUUCUGGACAGUGAAAAUGACCAUAGUGCAAAGUCAGAGGAAUGUUCGGGAACAGAGGAUGAGGAGGGGCCCCCUGGAGACACCAAUAUCGAGUCCCUACGACCUUUGAUGAUGAAAAUUCAGACUCAUGAUGUCACAAAGUGUGUGGCUACGGAUGGUAGGAGUAUACAUGUAGGGGACAUUGUGUGGGGUAAAAUACAGGGCUUUCCCUGGUGGCCUGGGCGUGUUCUCUCCAUCACUGUAAGUCAGCGUGAUAACGGAAUCAUGAUUCGUCAGCUGGCUCAUGUAUCCUGGUUUGGGUCAUCAACUAUGUCUCACAUACAGUGUUCAGACUUGUACCCAUUCCUUGAAGACUUUAAACUACGGUUUAACAGGAAGAAACGUGGGCCUUACAAGAUGGCAAUUACAGGCCACAAUAGCCGCACAGAGUAUUACUAAUACUCACCAUAUUGACUUCACAGAAUUUGA